AUGUGCGCAGCCCGUGGACAAAAAGGUUUAUUGGACAGUAUGUGUUCUUCUUCUCACCUACCCCUUACCCUCGGCUCUCAGAUCUGUGUUUGGACCGUGGAAGACGAGAGAGCUAACGUCAAAAUCAUUGGAAAUCAGAUCCUAAUGGUCAUAACCUCCAUCAUAGGUUUGAUGCUCGCCAAGCACGGCGUUGGCACAGCCAUCGUCGAGGGGCAAGAAAUUAUAGUCGAACCAGAGGUGAUGCACGCUCUCCUUUUCUGGACCUCAAAUCUGUUGCUCUUCGGCAUCAACGCCAUUGCAUUUUCCAAAGUGUCUUGGUUCAUAACCCUCAUUCGUCUGGUCACAAAGCGUUGGCAGAAGGUUGUGCUCUGGGUCCUCAUGGUUUUCAGCACCGCCGCCCUGUUUGUCGCUUCUACCUUUGGGUACUACCAAUGUCAUUUCUUGCCUGACGGGAGCUGGAACACUCCAGCAACAUCGGACCACAGGUGCCUCGAUAACUGGGUGGCCAUCAAGAUCAGCCUAGUUACCUCAAUCUACUCUACUGUCCUGGAGUUCGCAUUGGCGGCUGUUCCCGCCUAUGUCGUUUGGAACUUGCCACUCCAACGGAGCACCAAGAUGGGCAUCAUCUGUGCCACGAGCGUGGGCUUUGUGUGA